AUGCCAGCCCGCGGCGAAGCUCCCAUCCAAGUAACCGGAUUCUACCGCCGUCCCGGAUUCAGCACAGCCGGAGCCGCGGCUCAAGUCAAGUUGAAUCACUACAAGGUCACGAAGUUACCUACCGGGACGAUUUAUCAGUAUGAUGUACGUAUUCCUCAUUCGUCCUCCACUCCUCUGUACGCGUGUUCCUCUGGUGUUCGGUUGAGCUUUCUCGCUGCAUCGCACACGGCAUCAGAGUACGUGGACGUUCUACGAGGACGGAGAGGUCAAUGCAAUUCACGCUCGAACAAGCUCGCUAAUGCUUCGCUUUGCCAGGUUACCAUCGGCUCCGACGACGCCUCCCCCGCCGUCCGCCGUAAAGUCUGGUCGGCCCCCUCCGUCCAAGAAGAAUUCGGCGAAAAAAAAGUCAUCUUCGAUGGUCGUAAGAUCGCAUACUCCCUCGGUCCCCUCCCCUUCGGUAACGAUUUCACCAAAGACGUCGACCUCUCCGCCGGCGCCGAAAAGGCGGGAGGAGACGCGAAGGGCAAGGAUAGGAAAAACGUGUUCAAGGUCAGGGUCAAGUACACCAACCAAAUCAACCUCGAGGUUUUACAAAGGUUCGUGGAGAAUAAGUGGGGGAAGGAUGAGAGUGUGUUGCAGGCUAUCAAUUUGCUUGAUAAUCUUUUGCGUCAGACGCCUGCGCGAUUGUUCAAAUCCGUUGGCCGUAACUUCUUCCAAGGUGGUCGUGCGAGGCCUUUGGCGGGUGGUGUUGAGGCUUGGAAGGGGAUUUUCCAGAGUGUGCGUCCCACGCUUGGGUGUUUGACCGUCAACGUCGAUACCGCCACGACUGUCUUCUGGUCCGGCGGGAUCACCCUCGUCGAUUUGUCCGUCCUCAUCCUUGGCCGUAGAGGCCCCCAGGAUCUACAGAGGAUGAGCGAUAGGGAUAUGAAGUUGUUGAAUCGGGAGUUAAAGGGCGUAGGGUUUUUCGUGAAGCAUAGGGGUGAGAAGGCGGAGGGGAUAAGCCAGAAAAUCAAGCGUGUCCUCCCGACGAACUCGCAAACAACCAAAUUCCAACUCGGUGCCGAUCGCGAUACCGGUGCCGGCGGGACAGAAUCAACCCUCUCCGCCUACUUUCUCCAAAAAUACAACAAACGCCUCGCACACCCAACCCUCCCAAUUCUCGAAACAAUGCGCAAAGAGAAAAUCCCAAUGGAGUUGUGCUUCACCACCCCCAGCCAAAAAUACCUCCGCAAAUUAAAUGAGAGGCAGACAUCCGACAUGAUCAAAAUCACGUGUACGCGUCCCAACGAACGCGGUUCCGAGAUUAGGCAGAAUGUACAGGAUUUGGGGUGGGAGAGGGAUGGGUAUUUGAAGGAGUAUGGGAUGGGGAUUGCGGGGGAGAUGAUGGUUAGUGAGGCGAGGGUGUUGCCCGCGCCGAAGAUCGUGUAUGGGAAGGCGAGUCGGGAGGCGGUUGUCCAGCCUCGUGACGGGAAAUGGAACCUCCAGGGAAAAAAGAUGUUUGAGGCGAAGUUGACGAAGGGGUGGGGUGUCCUCGUGUUUGAUUCGCCGAAUCGGUUGCCGCAACAGGCCGUGCAGAAUUUUUGUCGGCAGUUUGUGACGGUGGCUGUUGAUAUGGGUCUCACCUUCGGCAACAAAACCCCGCCGAUCGCGUACGCGAACCCACAAGGCUCCAUCCAACAGGAAAUCACGAAUAUCUGGCGCGCGGCCGGGAAUGCCGUCAACGCUCGCCCGGAUAUGUUGGUGUUUGUCGUUCCCUCUGCAGGGGCGGAGUUGUAUGGUGAGAUUAAACGGGUUUGUGAUAUUGAGUUGGGGGUGGCGAGUCAGGUUUUGCAGGGGAAACACGUCAUGCAGGCGAAACCGCAGUAUUGUGCGAAUGUUGUGAUGAAGUGGAAUUGUAAGUUGGGUGGGGUUAAUGUUGUGCUUGGGCCGGGAGGGUUGCCGCUUGAUGCGAAGGAGCCGACGAUCUUGCUGGGUGCGGAUGUCUCGCAUCCCUCUCCUGGGUCCUCCAAGCCGUCGUUUGCUACGGUUACCGGAAGCACAGAUUUGCAGGCUACCAAGUACGCCGCUGUCUCCCGUACCCAGGCUCGUCGUCAGGAAUUGGUCGGUGAGAUGAAGGCAAUGGUCACCUCCCUUCUCCGCUCAUUUUAUAAAAACACGAAGCAGAAGCCGAAGAGGGUCUUGUAUUUCCGUGAUGGUGUCAGUGAGGGGCAGUUCAAGCAGGUUAUGGAUACAGAGAUUCAGGAUAUCAUUGAGGCUUGCAAUGGAUUGGAAGCUGGGUAUAGGCCCAAGAUUACGGUUUGUAUCGUGCAGAAGAGGCAUCAUACCCGUUUCUUCCCGAGCAGCCAGAAUGCGACGGAUAGGAACGGCAAUGCCGUUCCCGGGACUUUGGUCGACAGGACCGUCACUCACCCGAGCGAAUUUGAUUUCUUCCUCGUCGCCCAUACCGCUCUCCAAGGAACCGCCCGCCCGACUCACUACCACGUCAUCCACGACGAAAACAAAUUCUCUGUCAACCACUUCCAGACGUUGGUUUACAACAUGUCCUACGUCUACGCUCGUUCCACUACCAGCGUGUCCCUCGUUCCCGUCGUUUACUACGCCCAUUUGGCGUCUGCUAGGGUUAGGUACCAUGAUACGUCCUCGGAUUACAGCGAGACGGAGACGACGGUUAGUAGUGGGCAUGGAUCUGGAGAGAAGGAGGAUGCGGAGGUGACGGCUUUGCCGCCUAUUAAGGGUGAUUUGGCGCAAGUUAUGUACUUUAUGUAA